UUCCGGCAGGAGCCGGAAGACCGUCCCGGAUGGCCUAGGGGACGGCCAGUGUGUGGAGGUGAGCUCCGGGGUUGCCGGCAUUCCCGCGUCUGCUGGUUGCCUCAUGCUGCAGGCUGCGGCCGCCAGCCCCCACUCUCAUCGGUGGCGCUGAGGUGCCGGGGCAGCAAGCGACAUGUCGUCGGGCCUCCGCGCCGCUGACUUCCCCCGCUGGAAGCGCCACAUCUCGGAGCAACUGAGGCGCCGGGACCGGCUGCAGAGACAGGCGUUCGAAGAGAUCAUCUUGCAGUAUAACAAAUUGCUGGAAAAGUCAGAUCUUCAUUCAGUAUUGGCCCAGAAACUACAGGCUGAAAAGCAUGACGUACCAAACAGGCAUGAGAUAAGUCCCGGACAUGAUGGCACAUGGAAUGACAGUCAGCUACAAGAAAUGGCCCAACUGAGGAUUAAGCACCAAGAAGAACUGACUGAAUUACACAAGAAACGUGGGGAGUUAGCUCAAUUGGUGAUUGACCUGAAUAACCAAAUGCAGCGGAAGGACAGGGAGAUGCAGAUGAAUGAAGCAAAAAUUGCAGAAUGUUUGCAGACUAUCUCUGACCUGGAGACGGAGUGCCUAGACCUGCGCACUAAGCUUUGUGACCUUGAAAGAGCCAACCAGACCCUGAAGGAUGAAUAUGAUGCCCUGCAGAUCACCUUUACUGCCUUGGAGGGAAAACUGAGGAAAACUACGGAAGAGAACCAGGAGCUGGUCACCAGAUGGAUGGCUGAGAAAGCCCAGGAAGCCAAUCGGCUUAACGCAGAGAAUGAAAAAGACUCCAGGAGGCGGCAAGCCCGGCUGCAGAAAGAACUUGCAGAAGCAGCAAAGGAACCUCUACCAGUCGAACAGGAUGAUGACAUUGAGGUCAUUGUGGAUGAAACCUCUGAUCACACAGAAGAGACCUCUCCUGUGCGAGCCAUCAGCAGAGCAGCCACUAAGCGACUCUCGCAGCCUGCUGGAGGCCUUCUGGAUUCUAUCACUAAUAUCUUUGGUCUGUCCGAGUCUCCCCUUUUGGGACAUCAUUCUUCUUCUGAUGCUGCCAGGAGACGCUCUGUCUCUUCCUUCCCAGUCCCCCAGGACAAUGUGGAUACUCAUGCUGGUUCUGGUAAAGAAGUGAGGGUACCAACUACUGCCUUGUGUGUCUUCGAUGCACAUGAUGGGGAGGUCAACGCUGUGCAGUUCAGUCCAGGUUCCCGGUUACUGGCCACCGGAGGCAUGGACCGCAGGGUGAAGCUUUGGGAAGUAUUUGGAGAAAAAUGUGAGUUCAAGGGUUCCCUAUCUGGCAGUAAUGCAGGAAUUACAAGCAUUGAAUUUGAUAGCGCUGGAUCUUACCUCUUAGCAGCUUCAAAUGAUUUUGCAAGCCGAAUCUGGACUGUGGAUGAUUAUCGGUUACGGGUAAGACCCGUAAGAAAGUUAGUGAAAUCUCCAAACUUCAUGUGUUGUUAUCAAGGCACAAACUGGCAGCACACACUCACGGGACACAGUGGGAAAGUGCUGUCUGCUAAGUUCCUGCUGGACAAUGCGCGGAUUGUCUCAGGAAGUCAUGACCGGACUCUCAAACUCUGGGAUCUACGCAGCAAAGUCUGCAUAAAGACAGUGUUUGCAGGAUCCAGUUGCAAUGAUAUUGUCUGCACAGAGCAAUGUGUAAUGAGUGGACAUUUUGACAAGAAAAUUCGUUUCUGGGACAUUCGAUCAGAGAGCAUAGUUCGAGAGAUGGAGCUGUUGGGAAAGAUUACUGCCCUGGACUUAAACCCAGAAAGGACUGAGCUCCUGAGCUGCUCCCGGGAUGACUUGCUAAAAGUUAUCGAUCUCCGAACAAAUGCUGUCAAGCAGACAUUCAGUGCACCUGGGUUCAAGUGCGGCUCUGACUGGACCAGAGUUGUCUUCAGCCCUGAUGGCAGUUACGUGGCGGCAGGCUCUGCUGAGGGCUCUCUCUAUGUCUGGAGUGUGCUCACAGGGAAAGUGGAAAAGGUUCUUUCAAAGCAGCACAGGUAAGAUGAACCCUGUCUCAGCCCCCUGUUGCGUUGUGAGCAAGGCCUUUGACUUCAUCUCAGGGGUCAUCCAGUUUAGACCUCAGUUGGCGCUGUGAGGGCACUGUCCACCCACCUGCUUAGCUGGCUGAGCUAGGUCAGUGGAGAGAAGCUGGGGCCACUCACAGCACAGCAGGCCACAGUCUACAGAGUACGCCAGGUAGAGCGGUUAGAGUGGCAGCCGCUGGAGAAAGGGUUAUAGAAACACAUCCCUGUCUCUUUGGUUAUGUCCCACGUCCUCUGUGUCUCCUUCCCCUUCUCUACUCUCCUUCCUUUCUGCCUCCCUCUCUCCCUUGGAAGUCCCUGUUGUCAGUGCAUUUCAGUGCAUCGACGUGUCCUAAACACUGGUCUCCACACACCUUCUUUUAUCUUCCACCUGAUAGGCAGGCCCCAGACCCCCUUUUUUCCUAGCUUUGUUCUGCCCACACAAGCCCACCUGCUAGUUGGAACCCAGAUACCAUUUUCCUUCAGACCUUCUCCCCCUGCCCUUGGGCAGCAGCAACGGCUCCCAGACCUAACCAGUGCUGACCGCCACUGCCUGGCUCUUCAGAGGCAUGUGUACUGUCUUUCCAGCCCACUCAGAGCUCCUCUCUUAGGGAGAGUGUGAUAAGGCCUGACUGCCAAAGGGGCCAAACUCCCUUCAUCCCAGCAUGACUUAAUGAAGUACACCACUGGAUUUUUUCCGAGGUCUUUUGCAUGUUAGUGAGCUCCUGCCUUGCCGCGGGCACAGUGCCAGAGAGUAAAAUGGAAGUUGGAAAAAUUAGGACUCCCUGAAUGCACAGGCUUCUGGUGUUUGGUUUACUAAGAUCUCAUCCCAAAUGUUCUGAAACUCGGUGCUUUUCUGAUCUCUCCUUUGAAGCUCAUCCAUCAAUGCGGUGGCGUGGUCGCCCGCUGGCUCGCACGUUGUUAGUGUGGACAAAGGAUGCAAAGCUGUGCUGUGGGCACAGUAUUGACGGGGCUCUCAGGGCUGGGAGGACCCCAGCGCCCUCCUCAGAAGAAGCAUGUGGGCUCCUGCAGCCCUGUCCUGGCAGAUGAUGUGCUGGGUAUAGCAUGGACCUCCCAGAGAAGCUCAAGCUAUGUGGCGCUGUAGCUUUGCCGUGAAUGGGAUUUCUGAAGAUUUGACUGAGGCCUCUCUUGGCCUGGAAGAAUAACACUGAAAAAGCCUGACGCUGCGGUCACUUAGCAGAGGCUCAGGUUCUUGCCUUGGGAAACACUACUAGCUCUGACCUUCCAUACCUCACUUGGGGGAGCACAGGGCCCCGCUGGGCCUCCUCACCAACGGCAGUGCCAAAAACAGCCCCCACAUCAAGGUGGUGUUCUCUGUGCUUUCUCUCGUCCUUCCAAAGUCGGUUCUGGCCUAAUGCAUGUCCCAAAACCUUGGGGUCGUUUGCCCGGUGAACUCACUUUAAGCAUUGGAUUAACGGAAACUCCGAGACUACAGACCCCUGCCUGGUGGGUUGCAUGAAUGUGUCUCAUUACUGCUGAAAUGUCCUCACAUCUCUUCCACUGUUCUUCAGAGCUUUCUGGCUCUCUUUCCCCCACAAAAUUCGACAUAUUUAAAAAUCUCUGUGUGGCUUUAAAAAAUGGUUUUUUGUUUUUUUGAGGUGGGAGAGGAUGUGUGAAAAUCUUUUCCAGGGAAAUGGGUUUGCUGCAGAAGUAAGGAUGUAUUCUUGUAUCAAUCUGCAGACACCCAGAAGGUGGGUGCACACUGCAUGCUUGGGGUUGCCAAGGGAUUCGAGACCUCCAACGUAUUUGUCUGAAGCUGGUGAUUCUGGCCAUGGCCCCUCUGCCAAGCCUGUGUGGGAUGCCCUUGGUGCUUUAGUGCAAGAAGCCUAGGCUCAGAAGCACAGCAGCGCCGUCUUUCCGUUUCAGGGGUUGUGAUGAAGGCCAAGGAAAAGCAUUUAUCUUUACCAUUUUACCUGUGUAUAAAGUUUUAGUUCAUUGGGUGUGCGAAACACCCUUUAUCACUUUUAAAUUUGCACUUUAUUUUUUUUCUUCCAUGCUUGUUCUCUGGACAUUUGGGGAUGUGAGUGCUAGAGCCGGUGAGAGAGGAGUCAGGCGGCCUUCCCACCGAUGGUCCUGGCCUCCACCUGCCCUCUCUUCCCUGCCUGAUCACCGCUUUCCAAUUUGCCCUUCAGAGAACUUAAGUCAAGGAGAGUUGAAAUUCACAGGCCAGGGCACAUCUUUUAUUUAUUUCAUUAUGUUGGCCAACAGAACUUGAUUGUAAAUAAUAAUAAAGAAAUCUGUUAUAUACUUUUCAAA